UAUAAAUAGCUGUAUUUUGAGACACCAACAAGCCACAAGCCUACAAAGGCCUGGAGUUCGCUCUGUAUCCUGUCGACUAAAGAAGCAUGGAGGCAGACUUUGAAGGAGCUGAUGAGGACUGGGAUGAGGAUGAGGACGAGGCCACGCAGUACAUGAUUGAACAGAGUCUCUUGCAGUACAACAAGCAGUGUGACAGCAAUGAGCCCGAGGAUACCAUUGACGUUGACAAAAUCCUCACAGCCAUAAGAACAGGUGACGAGGAAGCCCUCAGAAGACUAGCCCAGCAUCAGGAUGCUUUCUGCAAGACGGACAGUAGAGGCUGGCUACCCAUCCAUGAAGCAGCAGCCCAGGAGAAGAAGAGCAUACUGGAGAUCACUUUUGCAGCUUCCUUCCAGGGAGCCGGGGAGAGUCGGACGCCAAGUGGAGAGACGCCGCUUUUCUUCGCCGCGGUGUAUGGACACCUGAGAAACGCGACAUUCCUGUUACAGAACGGCUGCAACCCUGACAGCCAGAAUGAAGAUGAAGACUCUCCGCUGGUUGCAGCUAUAAAGAAUGAACAGUAUGACACGGCUUCUCUUCUCCUUCACUACGAUGCCAAAGUGGACCAAAGAGGGAGCCUCCAGAGGACUGCUCUCCAUGAGGCUGCCCUGCUGGGUCUGGAUAACUAUGUCUACCUUCUCCUGCAGUCAGGCGCAGACCCCAACGUCUGUGAUGCCAGUGAACGUACCCCCCUGGGACUCGCCGCGCAAGCAGGCCACUUGAGUAUCGUUGAAAUUCUACUCCAGGGAGGGGCUCGGGUUAAAUCUCGGUCAGCCGCUUCGGGCUCCAUUCUGUUUGAGGCGGCUGCCUCUGGUAAUCCAGACGUAAUAGCUGUACUUCUGGAUUAUGGGGCUGACCCCAAUGCACCCAUGCAUACCGGACACCUACCCAUCCACAGGGCGGCUUACAGAGGGCAUCUACUAGUCCUGGAGCAGCUAAUCCGAGUGACGAAACUCGAGGCUAUAAAACAGAGUGGCAUGAGCCCCCUGCACUCCGCAGCGUCUGGCGGCCACCCCCAGUGCCUCGAGCUGCUCAUCGGCGCUGGCUACGACACCAACUUCAUGCUGCACCCCAAGGUGCGGCGCAACUACGAGGACGAGCGCCGCUCUGCGCUGUACUUUGCUGUGUUCAACAACAACCUCCGGGCAUCAAAGCUGCUGCUGGAGGCGGGCGCCAUGCCAAACCAGGACCCCGUCAACUGCCUGCAGGUGGCACUGAGGCAAGGCAACUACGAGCUCAUCAACAUGCUGCUGCGCUACGGAGGCAACGCCAACUACUACUCGCGCAUCAACACCACACACUUCCCCUCUGCCCUGCAGUACGCGCUCAAGGAUGAGGUGAUGCUGCGCAUGCUGCUCAACUCCGGUUACGACGUCCUGCGCUGCUUUGACUGUCCAUAUGGCGACAGGCCCCACGUGCCUGCUGACUCGGUCAUAGAGGACAUGGUGUUUUGUGAGGUGAUAACAGUGUAUUGGCUGAAGGACUUGGCGGGACAGUUGGUCCGCAUCAUGCUGGAUUAUGUUGACCACGUCACCUUCUGCUCCAAACUGAAAAACGUCAUAUCAGAACAAAAACAGUGGCACGACAUUUGCCAAAUCCAAGCAAAUGUGCGCAGCCUGAAGCACUUGUGUCGUCUGAGUAUCCGUGCGAAGUUGCGGAGCCUCCGUCUGAAGUCUCCAGUGUUUUUAACCUACCUGCCUUUACCCAACCGCCUGAAGGACUACCUCCGCUAUAAAGAGUAUGAUGUUUAUGGCAGGGGCAGUAUAACUGAAUCUGAGUGAGGUGAUGGGGUCAUAAACCUGCUAGUUUACUCUGUGCAAUGUUAAGUGUGAUUCUUAGUCAUUGUUUGCUUCAUUAUUAAUGUUAUUAUUAUUGUUGUUGUUUUUGUUGUGAUGAAUGAAUUUUCUUACUCCAAUGAAAAAGGAAAAUGGAUGCUGAAAUCAAAAAG